UCUGCAGACACGGUGAUUUUUGUAAUAACCAAAUAAAACAAUGAGUUCUUCAAAACCAAGUGAGGAAACUGGCGAUAAAAUUGUACAAUUCCAUGAACUUGGUUUGGAUGACAGGAUAUUAAAAGCUAUUGCCAAACUAGGUUGGGUAGAACCAACACUCAUCCAAGAAAAGACGAUACCCUUGAUAUUAGACGGCAAGGAUGUACUCGUAAGAGCUAGAACAGGCUCUGGAAAAACCGGAGCGUUUGCCAUUCCCUUGAUCCAAAAGAUUUUAUCCAGCAAAGAGAAUCAACAGCAUCAACAAACGACAGGUCUGAUAUUGGCACCUAGUAAGGAACUCUGCAAACAGAUCCACGAGGUAUUCGUCAGCCUCACAACAAAAUGCAGCAGGGAAGUCAAGUGCCUUGACAUCAGUCCUCACGUAGAGUUGUCUGUCCAGAAGCCACUUUUAGCUGAAAAUCCAGACGUUGUCGUGGGUACCCCUGCAAGAGCCCUACAACACUUGAAAGCAAAAAAUUUAAACGUCAAAAAAAGCUUGGAGACCUUGAUCAUCGACGAGGCGGAUUUGAUGUUCUCGUUUGGCUAUGAGGACGAAGUAAAAACCUUACUAAGUUACCUUCCUACGGUAUACCAAGCUAUUUUAGCUUCCGCAACAUUGUCGGACGACGUGUUGUCUCUGAAAAAAUUAGUCCUGCACAAUCCAGCAAUAUUGAAAUUGGAAGAACCCGCUCUUGCGCCUCCGACGCAGCUGACCCAUUAUACUCUAUCAGCAGAAGAAAACGACAAAGCUGCAAUCUUGUAUGCUCUAUUGAAAUUACACUUGAUAAGAGGAAAGAGUAUAAUAUUUGUAAAUACCGUGGACCGCUGCUACAAGCUGAAGCUAUUUCUUGAACAAUUUGGUAUUUCCACGUGUGUUUUAAACUCUGAAUUGCCGGCUGAAUCAAGAUGUAGGGCUGUUACACAAUUCAACAGUGGAAACUAUGACAUAAUCAUUGCCUCUGAUGAAAAAGCUUUGGAUGAGCCUCAAGUUCCAAAAGAGAAGAUAGGAAAACGCAGGAAAGACAAAGAAUCAGGUGUUUCACGAGGAAUAGAUUUUCAAUUCGUCGCGAACGUGAUAAAUUUCGACUUCCCUCUCGAUAUCAAUGCGUAUAUUCACAGAACCGGCCGCACAGCACGAGGAAAAAAUGAAGGAACAGCAUUGAGUUUUGUAUCAGUUAGGGAAAGGCCAACUAUGGAAGUCGUUGAAGAAGAAAUCAAGAAACAGUACAAUCAAGACAAUCUCUUCAAGACUUAUCAAUUUAAACUUAAGGAAGUCGACGGAUUUAGAUAUCGAGCAAAAGACGCGUGGAAAGCCGUCACUCGAAUAGCAGUUCGUGAAGCCCGACUCAAAGAAAUAAAGCAGCAAGUGUUGAAUUGUGAGAAACUCAAGAGCUACUUUGAAGACAAUCCAAGAGACCUUCAGUCUCUGAGGCAAGACAAAGCUCUGCACACAGUUAGGCUUCAGCCGCAUCUUAAAGACGUACCGGACUAUUUGGUUCCACCUUCGCUCAGGUCAAUUAUGGGUAUUGGACGCAGAAAACGAAAAUUCGACAGAGAAGCCGCCGCUUCCGGUGCCAGUGCAGCCAAGUCCAAGUACCAAGCUCGAGCUGCUAAUCCGUUAAUCGCCAUGAGUUUGGGCAAGAAAAAAUAACGUCUGACACU